AUGCACGGGUACAGGGGUGGCGUCUACGCUCAGAUCGAGAACCAUAUGUACCCAGACAUAGACCAGGGGUACUCUUCAUCGACCGUCCUCAAAACGGGCCAAACAGAGCGGGAAAUAGUCUUCAAAGAUAUGGGCGUUUGGGUUGCCGCAAUGACCUUCGAUCCGAUGCAGGACGUGCUCGCACUUAUCGAGCGUCACGGGACGGAUGUAUAUGGGAAGGGACUGAUAACAUCAGAGAAUCACAAGCUUCUGGUUCAUCUACGGUCGCUCACAACGAAUCGAGCACACGCCCUUGCCUCGAAACCCAUUUUGCACUGUUUUUACACAAGCACAUCGCGAAGCCUCGGUCACCCCGCCGUCAAGAAGUUCGAAAUCUUCGAUGAUAUGCUCGCCGUGAUUUUGGGCCACGAGUCCGCCUAUGUUCGCAUUUGGAACUGGAAAAGCGGGCAAGUCGUCUUUGAUCUGAGUCGCUCUGAGGAUCUUUGGCCUCAUAGAGGUAUACCUAGCCUUUGUCAUCACUUUGGCUUUAUCUCCUCCCGAGUCAUCGCUUCGAUUGCCCUCGACAGAGAAAACGGCAACGAAGAACAAUUGUGCUUCGAGGUCUUUCUGGUCUCCGACCCCGUCUCAGCUCCAACGGGAGAAACAUUUGGCUCAUCUAACAACGUAAUCCAUGCAUGCUCCCUGUUUUUUCCACCAUUGUCCAAAGAGCUCUACGACAUCGACAUAGGCUCCUCUUUCUGUUCUCUGAACACACCAACCGGUCUCUUAUUUGCUACUCUGCCCUAUCUUGAUCCCCGUAAUGAUCGUCGCGAUAACAUGGGCAAGAACGUGUAUGCCGAAGAGGACGGCUACGAGGACGGCUAUGGCAUUAAUAAAGGUUACCGUAUCAUCACCAGUAGCAUCAGUGUGCUGGGACAUGCUGCCCGGCACGCGAAAGAGGGUUUCCGAUCGCUUUCGUGGCGGGAAUGGGGACCGGAGUCGUCCAAGAUCUUCAUAGAGAAUUUGGACGUGGAUGAUAAAAUUCAUAAUUCGGCCAUCCAGUUCGCUAUGGGCAAAAGACUCCUUUUCAAUUAUGCUUACACCUCACCCCGAAUGAAAGGCGUAGGUCAUGGCGCCUUGAUCGAGUUCGGUUAUCAUAUCCUGCGGGACGAGCACUUUCCCCGCUCAGAGGAUUCCCGUCAUGACGGGACGGAUACUCGAGUUCCGAUCAUGGUUAGGGAAAGGUCGCAGUCGGAAGUCCUGCUGGCCGGGAAGAACAGUCCUUUCUCUAUCGACGUGGAGUGCCGACUUCCGUGGCGGAGCAUCUCGCUCUUUGCCCAUCUUCCUGGUUGUACUACGUAUUCGGAAUACAGGCUUGACGUGGACCGGAUAGUCGCCAUAGAGGGUGUGGAUCGACAGGGAAUCAAACUGCGCGAGUUUAUCUUCUAG